CUGUUUUUUUCUGGUUUUGAUUCAGUUUGUUGACAUGCUGCAGGUAGAUAGCUGGUCCACAGCAUGACUGAGGAGGACGGUGUGGAUUUGAGCGGCGGUUUGGAGGAUGUUCCUGUUAUAUGUGAAGCUCUGACACCUCCGACAUUCAAGUAUUCCGCAGAUAACGUUCAGGGCCCAGGAUGCUCCGUAGAUCCAAGUGAAGUCACCCUUCCUGGUUGCUCCUGUAAUUCCCAUUCCUGCCACCCCGAGACCUGCACUUGCCUUCAAACGUCCGACAAGGUCUAUGAUGACACGGGCAGGCUGCUGAACCUCGACGGACCUGAAUCCGGCUACUCUUCCCCCGUGUUUGAGUGCAAUGCCCUUUGUACCUGCAGCGACACCUGCUCUAACCGCGUGGUAGGGAGGGGGCUCCGGCUCAGGCUGGAGGUCUGGCGCACCAAGAGCAAGGGCUGGGGAGUACGAACAAUGAAAGAAAUUCCUCGCGGGAUGUUUGUGUGCGAAUACGCGGGGGAGGUGAUCACUUUCGCGGAGGCCAAACGCAGACAGCUCACCCAGAGAGCCGAGGAGAACAAUUACAUCAUCGCCGUCAGGGAGCACGCGGGGACGGGCUCCGUCACAGAGACGUUCGUGGACCCCGCUCGGACAGGAAACGUGGGCCGCUUCCUCAACCACUCCUGCGCACCGAAUCUGUACAUGCUGCCCGUUCGCGUUCACUCUGCCAUACCGAGGCUGGCGCUGUUCGCCGGACGGGACAUACACGCACAGGAGGAACUGACGUUUGACUACUCGGGAAGAUAUGGCGCCCAAAAGCCCGUAGAGGCGCCAUCCGGGGACGGACUGAAGAGGAAGCAGUGCCACUGCGGUUCGGUGAACUGCACGCGCUUCCUUCCGCUCGAUUUAUCGAUCCUCGGCUGAAAUAAAGUUGUUUUUAACUCAACUGUAAAAAAACAAAAGAAACAAACAAACAAAAAAAAGCAGUUUGUCCAUGAUGAGUUUCCUUGAACCCUCGGUCAGUUCAGCAGCUCAUUAAGACAAGACUGUGGAGCGCAUCGGCAGUUUCCAGCACAAUCGUUUGGAUGAGUCAUGGCUUCGCUCGUCACCGUUUCCUGUUUGGUUCCCUUCUGAUUCUCCCCCUGUCUUAAUGCUGCCUCCCACUCGCUGUAAAAACAGAUAUGAAUAAGAUAAAUAAGAAUAAGAAAAAAAAAAUGCUUUAUUUAUCUAAGGGAGUAAACCUACUGUUAUUCCAACCCAUUUCACCUGAUAUGGGAUAUUUAUUUCCUGUCCUGGUUGAGUCCCAACAGACUUUCAGUCUGUCUCCUUCCAUUUUUCACACCACAAGGACUGGUAUUUAAUAAGUUUCUUUAGACAGACACAAAGGCUUACGCAAAUUAGAAGGGACAAAUUCCUGUUAGCUGUAGAUAUUUAUGUGUCUAUUGGUUCGACAUUUAUCGUUGGGAUGUGUAAUUUCCCAUUUUCUUACAUAUUUUUUCUGCUUCUGAUGGUGCUGGAUCACGAGAGGUGGGAGGUGGGGUACAAGUUUAUAUAGAAACCGACUUUAUUCCCCCGGCAAAGGAGGGGCGAAGGUGUCCUACUUUAGCGUUAACGUGACCAUAACGAAAUCAGGACCAUCUCCUCUCGAUCUGCCCCAUUUCUAGUCUAGACCUGCUUUCAUCUUAUUAAUAUCCACAUUUGGGUUAAUUAGGAUGGAGACCAUGUUUCAUCCUGAAAUGGGACCAGUGCUGCAGCCACAUUGGGGUGGAGAGGAGGGUGGUGGUGGUGCAUAGACGGCACCGAAAACCUUCUGUCGAUCGGAGCGGUGUGGCGAAUUGACUGGAUUCUGCAGUUAAUGCAAUUAUUUGAAA